AGUUCCACACCAAACUCCAAGACGUGAUGGCAAUUUUUGGUUCAGUCGCGACUAAAAGUGCAAAAUUCACCUUUUUCGCAAUAUAAAUUCAUCAUCCGAGUUCUCCUUUUUUAUUUCUCUCGCUCGGCCUCUCAAAUUUCUUGCACCUGUGCUUGGAAGUAGUUUAUACCAUAAUAGUUUAAAAAUUUAACAGUGCAGUGUUGUGAAUGCAUUUUGUUGCGCGAAAAUGCUGCUAAUCUCCAAAGCAUUUAGAUCAAAUUCUAAAUUGCUACAUUGAAGAAGCAAUUGGGUCAACUUUAUAGCCAAAGUGUUACACAUUUAUAUUGAAAUUUCCUCUUUCCACUUCAUUUUCAAUUGCUUCUCUCUCUCUCUACCAUCUCGUUUUGUGCUUUAAUUGCAUCUCAUAUUAUACAUAGAAUCUCAUUUGAAUUAACAAUCUGGUCCAACGCAAAGAAAGUUUCAGCAGUGUACCAGACGAGGAAAAAUUUGAAUUGAAACGAAAAGGAAUGUGAAGAGACGAUAAAUGCUCAAUGAUGAAGUUUAAAAUUUUAUUAUUAUUAUAGUUUUUUGUGAGUUUGUGCAGAAAAGCAAAGUUUAGAAAUUUCCCUCGUAGUAAAAUCAACAUUUUUUUGCUGUGCUUGUGCUUCUUCUCGUACAAUUUAUUUUUAACGAGAAAUCUUUAUUCUCGCAAAAAGAUCGAAAGCUAUACAUUUGGAGGAAAGUUUUAAGGUGAAAGAGAAGCUUAACUGAAAAAGGGAAGAAGAAAAUGACUAGUUGGAGAAUUUGGGCAAAAUGCCACAAAUUGAAAGUGAAUGCUGUGAUAUUAUUUGUGCUCAUGAGUGCCCUUUUGGAUAUAGGGGGUCACAUCACAUAUUCUACGUCGCGUCAAGAGCAGGACCUCCUCCUACUCGAUGCCCUCACGCGAAAGCACCCCUCAAGUUACAAUUCAUACGAAUCAAAUGCAAUUAUGGAUAUGUUGGGAAGAAUGAUUCCUCAAACAUGCAAAUACAAGGGGAAGAAAUUCGACUGUGGCCUAUCAAUAUCAUGCGUUCUCGGUGGGGGCAAGCCAAUGGAUUUGUGCUCAGGUGGAAUGAUAUGGUCAUGCUGCAUUGAUGAAGAUGUCCAGCCAGCCACAAAUCCCAAUCACGGAGCCAUUCACAAUGCCAGUUGUGGAGAAUUGUACAUGCGAUCCAAUCGAAUUGUGGGUGGACACUCAACGGGAUUUGCAUCACAUCCGUGGCAAGCAGCUCUCAUAAAGUCGGGAUUCUUAACGCGAAAGCUCAGCUGUGGCGGUGCCCUUGUGUCCAAUCGAUGGGUCGUCACGGCGGCCCACUGUGUAGCCACAACACCAAAUGCAAAUCUCAAAGUUCGCCUGGGUGAGUGGGAUGUACGAGAUCAGGAUGAACGACUAAAUCACGAAGAGUACAACAUUGAGCGGAAGGAAGUUCACCCAAAUUACUCUCCAGCGGACUUUCGCAAUGACUUGGCUCUUGUGAAGCUCGACAGGGCUGUGGUGUUCAAGCAGCACAUCCUCCCUGUGUGUCUGCCGGGGAAGCAGGUGAAGUUGACCGGGAGAAUGGCCACUGUGGCGGGAUGGGGACGUACGAGGCAUGGGCAGAGUACAGUGCCGUCCGUUCUGCAGGAAGUUGAUGUGGAGGUCAUACCAAAUGAGCGAUGCCAAAGAUGGUUUCGAGCCGCUGGACGUCGAGAAACAAUCCACGAAGUUUUCCUCUGUGCAGGAUACAAGGAGGGUGGCAGAGACUCGUGUCAAGGUGACAGUGGAGGACCACUGACGCUAACACUCGAGGGUCGCAAGACACUCAUUGGCCUUGUAUCGUGGGGAAUUGGCUGUGGGCGCGAACACCUACCCGGCGUCUACACCAACAUACAGAAAUUCGUGCCGUGGAUUGAGAAAGUCAUGGGAAAGGACUACAAAUUGUGAUGUGAUUUCCAAACUCUCUUCGGGGGGAAAAACCUCGCUCUCAAAUUGCAGCCUCGAAAAAAAAUUGGCAAAGAAUUUUUUUUACCGAAAAAAAAAAUAGCUCCACAUUUCAAAAUCAACCCGAAAAGGCGAGGAAAAAAUAUUUAAUUUAUGAAUGUAUUGGGGAGUUUGUAAAUAAUGUGUGUGCGUAAGCUUUUUGUAUAAGGUUAAUUUUUAAUUUUUUUCAUUAGCUAAAAUAAUGUAAAAGAAAGGAAUUUUUUUUUAUAAAAUUAAGAUAUUUGUGUAAUUAAAUGAGAUGUGGAUGAUUUAUUUAUUUUGAUAGAAAAA